AAAAUACAUUUGUGGACAACAAGCCAGAGUGCAUGAUGGCGGCGUCGCUGCUACGCCGGGACAAGAGAGCUACUGCCGCCCACUUGAAGGCAGACUUAACCCGGACUGACAACAGCUCGGGACUCCGACAACUUCAGGACCUGCUCGACGCCGUGCUGAAUCCCGAAAAACCAGCUGCGGACACAGAAGCCCUGGACUGGUGUAAAUGUCUGAUCGCGGGAGGCGAAGGUUUCGAGGAGUUCUGUAAAACCGUCCGCUCCUAUGACAACGCGACUCUGUGCGGACUGGUUUGGACGGCUAAUUUCGUGGCAUACCGAUGUCGGACCUGCGGCAUCUCUCCGUGCAUGUCACUGUGUGCUGAGUGUUUUAAUAACGGAGACCACACGGGCCACGAUUUCAACAUGUUCAGGAGCCAGGCUGGUGGGGCCUGUGACUGUGGAGACAGUAAUGUCAUGCGAGACAGUGGGUUUUGCAGACGGCAUAGGUUAAGAACCGGGGAAAAUGUUCCCUCCAUACCCCGAGAUCUUCUCUUGAUGUCUGAGAUGGUUCUGCCUCGCUUCAUCCUGUGCAUCAUUCAGUAUCUGAGAGAUGGAUACAUUGAACCAGAAACGUCAGCGGAGAGAGAUCUGCAGAAGGUUCUUCAACAGCUGGAGCCUCAGAUCACGUUUUUGGAGGAGCUCACAAAGAUGGGAGGAGCAAUGAGGACCGUAUUGACAAAGAUCUUGACCAAUCAGCAAACGUACAAGGAGCUCAGCAUGGGCAAAGAAGACAAUUUGUAUGCUAAAAAGAACUACGACAAAUAUUUGUCAGCACUGAAGAAUUCAGGUCUGGUGUCUGUGGAGGAGAAAAACCAAAGUGCUGCUGCUGACAUUGCUGUUGGUGCUGAAGGAGGUGCCGGGGCGAUGGUCCUGCUGGGAACCACUGCACCAGGAAGCCCAGACGAGUCUACUAAAGAGGAGGAUCAAGAUGGAGGCCAAUCUGUUGGCCAGAGGAAGAGGGUUAAACUUAGUAGCAGUACCAAAGAUCCAUACAUUAUUGAUUCGCUAAAGCACAAAUGCUUCCUGGAAGAGUUGCUAUUUUGGACAAUAAAAUUUGAAUUUCCACAGAAAAUGGUCACAUUCUUGUUAAACAUGUUGCCAGAUCAAGAUUACAAGAUCACAUUCACAAAGACGUUCGUUCAGCAUUACGCCUUCAUCAUGAAAACCCUGAUGAAGAGCCACGAGUCAGACACAAUGUCCAACCGCAUCGUGCACAUUAGUGUGCAGCUGUUCAGCAACGAGGAGCUGGCCCGACACAUGACGGAGGAGUGCCAGCUGCUGGACAUCAUGGUCACGGUGCUCCUCUACAUGAUGGAAAGUUGCCUUAUCAAAAGUGAACUUCAGGAUGAAGAGAACAAUCGCCAUGUUGUGGUAAACUGCAGUGAAGCAUUAUUAAAGAACAACACUUACUGGCCCCUAGUUAGUGACUUUAUCAACAUCCUCUCACACCAAAGUGUAGCCAAAAAGUUCCUGGAAGACCAUUCCUUGUUGAUGCUCUGGAUGAGCUUUGUUUCGUUUUUUCAAGGUAUGAACCUGAAUAAGCGGGAACUGAACGAGCACGUGGAAUUUGAGUCUCAGACAUACUAUGCAGCAUUUGCAGCAGAACUCGAGGCUUGUGCACAGCCAAUGUGGGGUCUCUUGACACACUGCAAAGUCAAAGAGACCCAGGAAUAUACAAAAACCGUUGUUCGCUAUUGUUUGGAAACACUGCAGAUCUGGUUUGAUGCCAUUGGCUUCAUUGAUGAGCCUGCUCCAAAUCAAGUGACGUUUCACCUGCCGCUCCACCGCUACUACGCCAUGUUCCUCAGCAGGGCUGUGAAAUGUCAAGGGUUGGAUUUGGAUAGCCUCCUGCCUGAUCAGGAAAUGCUGAUGAAGAUUAUGGUGCAUCCACUCCAAAUUCAGGCGUGCCUGUCAGAGAUCCACAGCAAUAUGUGGGUCAGGAAUGGUCUGCAGAUUAAAGGACAAGCUAUGACUUAUGUGCAAUCACACUUCUGCAACUCCAUGAUAGACCCAGACAUCUAUCUCCUUCAGGUUUGUGCAUCAAGGCUGGAUCCUGACUAUUUCAUUUCAAGUGUUUUUGAGAGAUUUAAAGUGGUCGACCUCCUGACAAUGGCUUCUCAGCACCAGAAUGCCGUGUUAGAGUCUGAGCAGGAGAGGCCGAUGCUUGAAGGAGCGUUGACGUUUCUGGUCAUACUGACGAGCCUUCGCAUUCAUCUGGGAAUGACGGAUGAUGAGAUUCUUCGGUCCGAGAUGGUCUCCCAGUUGUGCAUGAACGACCGAACCCACAGUGCACUGUUAGAUCUUAUUCCAGAAAAUCCCAACCCAAAGAGCGGCAUUGUUCCAGGUAGCUGCAGUUUUGAGGACGUGCUCUCUGCUGUGGCUGAUUUCAAAGCGCCUGUGUUUGAGCCCGGAGGCUCCAUGCAGCAGGGCAUGUACACACCUAAAGCUGAGGUGUGGGAGAAGGAGUUUGACACCAUUAUGGUCGUCCUCAGAACAGUCUAUCGCCGUGAUGUUCAGUCAGCAAUGGACAGAUACUCGGCAUUUUUGAAACAGUAUGGAAUCCAUACUGGAAACCCAUGGCCACCUUACAAAGAGAGGACUCCUCUGCAUCCUUGUUACAAAGGUUUAAUCCGACUGUUACAUUGCAAGACCCUGCACAUUGUGAUAUUCACUCUACUCUACAAGAUAUGGAUGGAUCACCAGAACAUGUCUGAACAUGUACUGUGCAUGGUCCUCUACCUGAUUGAGCUUGGCUUGGACAAUCAGGUUCAAGACAACAAAGAGGAUGAGGAACCUUGCAUUGAGGAGCACUGCCAUGAUAGCUGGUUCCCCGGCACCAAUCUGCUUUCCAAUCUGCACCACGUCAUCAACUUUGUAAGGGUCCGGGUUCCUGAGACAGCGCCUGAAGUGAAGAGGGAGACCCCUCCCAGCACGAGCGCUGAAGCUUCUUCUUAUGGCCAGAACUCCAGGCGUCUCUCAGGAAAUUGGAGAGAGAACUUACGAGAAGCUCAGGUGUUCAGCCUGGUGGCGGAGCGCAGGAGAAAGUUCCAGGAAAUAAUCAACAGAAGCAACACGGAAGCAGCUCAGGUCGUCAGGCCCAAGAGCUCCUCGACCCGUUGGGUUUCACCAGGCACGCCCCCCCAGCUGGUGACCGAGAUCCUUGAGAUCCGAGAGAGCAUGCUUUCCCUCCUCGUCAAGCUGCAUCAGAAGAUGUCAUCCAAGCAGAACUCCCUGUCAGCCUCUUGGCUGGAGGACCCGGACACAAGCCAUCACGCUCACGGAGAUGGCAUUACAGCCAUCGAGCGGAUCCUCACCAAGGCGGCCGCACGCAGCUGCCAAAUCAAGCGUAGCAUCCAGGACAUUUGUGGAAAGGUGUGUCCUCCAGUGCCACCAAAGAAGAACAGUCCAUGUGACAAGAAAGCUUUGGACAAAGAGGAAAGGCGUCAGCGGGCCCGAGAGAGGCAGCAGAAACUUUUAGCUGAGUUUGCUUCAAGGCAGAAGAGUUUCAUGGAAACGGCCAUGGAUGUUGAAUCUCCUGAAACUGAGGCAGCGAUGGAUUUGGGGUCAUCAGAAGUGAUGGAGUCUGAGGUUCUGUACGACUGUGUGAUCUGUGGACAGAGCGGGCCGUCCACCGAGGACCGGCCAACUGGAUUAGUGGUUCUACUGCAGGCGUCCUCAGUUCUUGGGCACAGACGCAAAAACAAACAACCUAAGCAGCUACCAACGAGCGACGAGGAGCACAUAUAUCUUGCAGACACAUGCGGUGUGGCUCAUGAUGUCAGGCUCACGCUGAUGCAACAGUUCUUCAAAGAUAGUUCUUGUUUGCAGUCUGUGUCAAUAGGCUGGGAUGGAGGAGUCUAUGUCCAGACUUGCGGACACACUUUGCAUAUAGAUUGCCAUAAGUCCUACAUGGAGUCUCUGAGGAAUGACCAGGUCCUCCAGGGUUUCUCUGUUGACAAAGGCGAAUUUACCUGCCCACUGUGCCGGCAGUUUGCCAAUAGUGUCCUCCCGUGCCGCCCCGGGCGUGGCACAGAUUCGAGUGGAUGGCACACACCCACGAACAAAGUGACAUGUGUUCUUGUGAAGGAGGUGGAGGACCUACAGGAAAAACUCGGCCUUUUUCCGACGGAGUCCAACUUGAGUAAAGAAAUGGAAUUAGUAAUUAAAGACAUCAAGAACACCACCCAGAAAAAAUACAUGGACUAUGGCAAAAAUCCUGGCUCCCCAGAUAAUGAUUUCCUCUUCAUGUACUCAGUGGCAAGGACAAACCUGGAGCUGGAGCUUGUGCAUCGGGGAGGAAACCUGUGCUCUGGAGGAGCCAGCGCUGCUGCCAAGCGCUCAUGUCUAAAUCAGCUGUUCCACGUGUUGGCCAUGCACAUGAGACUCUACAGCAUCGAUUCAGCGUACAACCCGUGGACGAAGCUGACGCAGAUUGCACAACACAAGGACGCAGAUGGCUUUGAUGAGGAGAGACCUGAGGUCCCCAUGCUAUUUCGAGAUGUCCCAUCCCUCCUCAUCAUCUUUGUGCUAACUAUGCCACAGCCUCUGCGUAAAGAGCACUUUACCUGCGUGAUCAAGAUGCUGUACAACCUGCAGUUCACUCAGGCUUUAGCUGCACUGUCAACCAAGCUGAGCUCCGAAGAAAGGCAAGCCUGGGUGAAAUCAGGAGCACUUAAGAAGAAUGCUCAGAAUCCAGAGAAGUCAUUCGAAGCUCUGCUCAACCACGUCAUCACUGAACUUUCAAAGGACAAGAGUGUUUACAAAGUGAACAGCGAAGAAACUACUAUACUGAGCUCCAGUGUGUGGUCGCCACAGUCCAUCGAGUUCAGCCUCCAGCAGUUCUGUCUGCCCUUUCUUCGCCUCUCCUGCCUUCUGCAGCAUCACCUUUAUGGAGACAACCUGACUGGCUGCACGGAGGAAGAGGAGUUCUCGUCUUUGGCUGUGUGUUUAGGGCUGCUGUCAUCAGCUCCUCAGCCUCCCAGCUCCGUACACAGUGCCUCAUGUCUGGAGUGGCCCUUUAGCGCCUUUGACUUGGUGACGCAGUGGUGUGAUGAGGUCACAGGGCGAUCUCUGAUGCAUCCUGAGCAAUCACUAAGCUUGCUGGUCCAAGAACCUCAGUGGGCAGCACCUCGCCUUCUUCAGCUACCAGACAACUACAACAUCAUCUUCCAGUACUAUCACAGAAAGGCCUGCACUGUCUGCAAAAAGGUGCCAAAAGACCCUGCGCUCUGCCUCGUUUGCGGCUCUUUCGUCUGUCUCAAAGGCGUCUGCUGUAAACAGCAGGGUACCUGUGAAUGUGUUUUGCACUCCCAACAUUGUGGCGCAGCUACAGGCAUCUUUCUACUGAUAAACGCCUCAGUCAUCAUCAUCAUCCGUGGACAUCGCUUCUGUCUGUGGGGCUCUGUUUACCUUGACGCUCAUGGGGAAGAAGAUCGAGAUUUACGCCGUGGCAAACCUCUGUUCUUGUGUGAAGAGAGGUAUCGAGUGCUGGAGCAACAGUGGGUUUCCCACACCUUCGAUCACAUCAAUAAACGCUGGGGGCCACACUAUAAUGGACUCUAAGAUCUUCCAAAGUCCUCUUACAAACACAUACGAACCCAAGAUAGAGAUGUUUUUUAUUAUUAUUAUUAUUAUUAUUAUUGUUAUUAUGAUUUCCUGGCUUGUGUCUGCCUUGAUUAAAAUAUUUGGAAAAUCCUUAAUAUGAUAAAAACAAACAUCCAGUAAGGUUAUUGCUGCCACAGCUUUCAGUUUAUGUGAAGUUUGGUGUACAGUAAAAGAUUUAACACGUGUGUGCGGGCGUGUGCGUGCGUGUGUGUGCUCAAGUGAUCUAUUGUGUGGUUUUCAACAGGAAAAAACAAUCUGAAUUGCGUGAGCUCAAAACAGAGGGAAUGAGUUUACGCAGAUGUUCAGGUUAUCUGGAGCAGGCUUUAAAAGUCUGUCCUGUUUGGGUUUGAAAUGUCACAGAUCAGGCAGAUGUGGAUUUAGAAAACAUAAUAUCAGGGUUGCUGAACGUCCCUAACAGAGUCGAUAUGUUUUUGCACCAUUUUUGAUGAAGAAAACACAUAUCCCUUAUAUUUAUCACGGCGCUCGCUGCUGUUCAGCCAUGGAUUCUGAGCUCCUGAUGAGUGAAACAAUGUUUUUGCAGGCCGCACUCGUCGUCUGCUCACAUGUGAUGGUAGGCAAGACCAAGUCCACUCAUCAACACACAAGAGUUUUCUUUUGCGAACAAGAAAGGACUCUUUCUGGGUCUAGUUGCAAUCCAUCCUCAGGAAUUAUUAUGUUUCCUUUUUUGUUGUAUUUGCUGUUUAAAAUACGUUUUAGAUAUUUAAAUAAAUGCUGCUGCUCAUUGUUCAAUUAAUGUUAACUUUUGUGAAGAUUUUUUUUUUUGUAAGGUUGUGCUUUGAGUUUACAGUUGGUGGCUGGGAAUGUGGAUUCAAACUCACUUUAAAGUUUAAGAAGGUAUGCGGUCGCCACAUUGCACCCACUACAGGUGACAUUAACCUGCCUUUUUAGAGUUUUUCUUUUCUUUUUUUCUUUCUCUUGUUUUGUUUGGAUGUAAUGGAGAAAAAAAACUUCAAAUGAGUCCAGCUUCAUAAAUAUCACAGCACAGGCACUGAGUCCUGCUGCUUCACGUCUGAACAAAAAUAUCAAACUUUGUAGGAGUUUCCUCUCAACCUUUUAAAUCUCGGACGUUAAGCGAAAGUUGCUUGCGAGAAGGCAGAACUCCUAAUGGAUUUUCCUGUGCUGUUUGAAAGGCUUUCUCCCUUUAUGCAUUUUAACCAAGUUCAUAUCUUCAGUACAGAGCAAUUCAUUAUGACUAUCUCUUACUCGUGCAUCAUCUAGCUGUGAUUUGUAAUUGCAUUUUGACAUUGGAGGAUUGUCGGAGUUGGUAUCCAUUAUAACACUGUGCAUGGCAUCCUUUAAGCAACCAUUGUUUGUCUGAGCUUCCCAGUUUUCUGAUUAUCACCUUGCUUUCUAGAAGGGUGGAAAUUUGGCUCAGUCACGCCUGCAAAGCUUCGGUUUCCGGCUGUAUAGGAUGCUGGGCCACGUCGUGCUGCGUUGUGGGGGAAAAAAAAAAAAGAGCACACAUGGGAACUUCCUUCUGAAUUUCUGCAUGCUGAUUUUUCUCCUCCUCCUUUCCCCCAGGCUUCAUCCUUUUCUUUCCUUUAUUUUUUGCUGUACCCACUUUGUAAAUGACCGCAACCAAAUAGCCAAUGAGUAAUGGGUGUAAAGUUGUAACUGAAAGCUUCUGUGUGUUUUCCUGUGUGAAUGAAGAGGAAUACAGUACAUUACUGUAGGUGCUGACUCAAACUUUCUGAGUUUGACCAGGAAGUAUGACUUGGGACAUUUAAUGCAAAAUGUAACAUAUGUGAAUAAAAUAUAAGCACACAUUGA